UGACUUGGUUACCGGAUAGGGGCUCGUAUAAAAAGCCACGUUUCGUUCUGGCGAUCCUAUUUCCGUGUGAGUUGGAGAGGUACAGGAUUAAACUAUAGCCAUGGCCGACCAGUUGGAUAUGGUGCAAAGAGAUCCCAAUGAUCUCAACAGUCACAUAAAGGUUCGUUUUGAGGACGUCCUCGGUGAGCCCGAUGGCGCCCACUCGAUCGACUGCGUCUGGAAGCUUGCCUUCACCUGCUUCGAAUGCGGCAAAGGUCUCUGCUACAAACUCCUCACCAUCCUAUGUGGCAUCUGCAUCGCGCUCGCCUGGGGCUGCAACUUUGCCUUGGUGGCAUUCGACCACGUCUGGUGUUACACGCCAUGUAUCAGGGACUUCUCAAUCUGCGUCGGGUGCUUCCAGAAGGUGUACGGAACCAUUAUCAUGUGCGCUGCUGGCCCUGUUUGCGAGGCAUGUGGCAUGAUGUUCAGCAAAAUCAAGGUUCAGAAGUCGUAACAAGGAUAACGCUAGCGGUAUGAUGGGCAGGAAAAUCUGUGCAUCUAGAUACGGAAGGGAACAAGGGACCAAUAUAACAAACAACUAUUACGUCGGUCAAUGAACAUCAUAGUAACUGUUGAUUCUGAGAGAUCAACGGUUGUCCAUAUAUUCUAGUUUAACUUGCUUCAGAUGCGAAACGUUUUUUUUUUGUUAAAUACUGUGAUAUUAUACUCUGCAAAACCAUGAAUGUGAUAUUCUUGAUAAAACUCUGUACUAUUUAUUUUCCUGUAUCUUUUACAUAACAUGAAACGUAUCCUUUUAAUUAUUUCAUACGUCUUAAUUUUAUUCUUCAUUUCGUUUCAAUAAAUGUAUUUUGAUUAAAAAGAUGAAUCAGCUUA